AUGGCGUUUAUUGAUAACGCCCACUUGAAAGAUCACGAGGUUAAGCAUACAGGUGUCAAGCCGUUUUUAUGUGAACAAUGUAACAAGCGUUUUGCUCGUAACGGGUCAUUACGUGUUCAUAUGAAGAUGCACACAGGUCGUAUUGAGAAUCCAAAGAAUAUGUGUGCCCUGUUUACUUCUCGAUCAGGAUUUACAAACCAUCAGAAAAAGCACAACGAGGAAGCAUCAAAGAAGACGGAAUUGAGCCUUGAUUCUGAACUGAAGGAUGAAUUGUCUCAAUUAUCGAAUUUAAACACAAAGGAAGAGAGUGCUCCAGCUCCUUUGUUUACCUGCCAGAUUCCAGGUUGUUUCAAGACGUUUACAAAUCAAAAUAGUUUAAAUUUUCAUACUUACCGUGUUCAUUUGGGAAUCGACUCUAGUUUAUGUAACAAAUCUCGCUGUAUUCGCCUCCGUGAGUCCUAUCUACGUCAACAAAUUCAGAUUCAGAAAUUGCGCGAACGAAUCAAAGAGCUGGAAGCGAUGACCUCGCUCAUCAGCAAAAAAGAACGCCAAGAAUUCCACAAGGAAUUCCAAAAGCAGCACACCAAACGCGACGUCACCGAAGGCGAUACCACGUCCGCAGUGAUCCCUGUCCCCUAUUUAGAGCAGGAAAAGCCCUACGUCUGCGGCAUUGCCGGCUGUGAGAGCCGAUUCUCCACGUAUAAACUGUUAACAUUCCACGCAAAGCAACAUCCGGAUUGCUCGUUGGAAUCGGUGCUGAACAACCAGCUCAUCAUUCCGGAAGGCCGUGUGCAUUGUCCCGUUGUGGGAUGUGAGGUAGAUGGAACAAACAAGCCAGUAAAGGAAUAG